AUGUACCCCACCCCACCUGCUUCUCGCCACCUUACCGAACCAGGCAACCACUAUUGCACCCAUCGGCCUCACUUAAAGAUGGGAGGUAUGCACAAAGCAAAACAACUAGCCGUGGCGCUAAUAUUCCACGCACAGUCUGACAAGAACCAAAUGCCUAAUCACAGCGUGGCACCCUCUGACAAUGAAUCAGAUGACAGCUGCUCCAUACUAGAGGGCAGCCUGGAUUCUCCUCUCACCAGAAGGGAUAUGAGAGGCUUUAUGAGAGAAUUUAAAUCUCAUGUUGCUGAAGAACUCCAAAAACACCUCCAACUUCUCCACGAGGGCUUCACAGACCUUGCCAUGUGGACCCACGAGGUGGAAACCAAAUUAGAGGACACAAUAACAACAGUGAACUCCUACGAUUCAGCUAUUCAAAAACUCAAGGAACAAAUUAAGAGCUUGGAUGAGGCACAAGAGGAACAUCAUCCGGAUCAGGGCUAUACCCGAAACUAA